AUGGAGGAUAUCUCUGGAUCUCCGGUGAAAAGAAACGACGGACUCCACCGCUACUUAAAACCAGGCAUGCGUGCUCAGAUCCAAAAUUCGAGAAUCAACGAUAGAUCUACUACCUCUCUAGUAUCUUGGUCUCUCCCAAAGCCACUUCGUAAAUCUCCGUUGAUGAAGUCACGGCGGCUUCCUUGUAACUGA